GAGCGGUCGGCGGGUCCUGAGCUGUUUCUGUUGUGCUGACCUGUCACAGUUUUGCUAGGACAAUAUAACGUUACUAAAAAGCAUGGCGUCGUUUGUGACUGAAGUUCUAGCCAGCUCUGGCAAACUGGAGAAGGAGGAUCUGUCUGGCAAAAUAAGCAAGAUGUCGCGAAAAGUGGAGGACACAAAGGAAGAAGUGUGCGACAUGAUAAAUAAGCGAUACAACGAUUUCCUGCCCAGUCUCCAGUCAUCAGAGGAGCUGAUGCUACAGGUUGAUACAGUCUCCAAAGAAAUGGACACUCUAAAAAACUGCAUUGAGAAUGAAGUGCAGAAUGUCCAUGUAGCCGUGGCUGAAUAUACAAAGCUGAAGCAACAGCUGGAGAAAAAUACCGUCAUCAUAACAAUGCUUGGACACCUAAAAGAGUUUCACAGUGCAAUGGAAGAAUUCAACAAGGCUUUACUGGAGAAGAAGUAUGUGGAUGCUGCCAACCGGCUGGAAAGGGCAAGAAAAAGUGUGGGGUCACUGAAGCGCUGGAAGACUUCUGAGCUGCCGCUCCUCAGUGCUCUCAGCUCUGAGUUGACAGUGCAGAGAGAGAACCUCAUUUACCACCUGGGAGAUGAAUGGAAGCGCCUCGUCAUCUGGAAGUUACCAUCCACAAAGGAGCCUGCAGGGGAGAUGUCUUUCUUGAAGGUGGAGCUGAAACUGAGCAGUGCUUGCAGUAAGGAUGGCGAACUGAAACCACCUACACUACUGAGCUCUGUCCUGCAAGCUCUGGCCAUCCAGGGAGACCUUCAGCACAAGAUCAAACUCUUCAGUCAGGUGCUUUUGAAGAACAUGUUGAAGCCGUUGGUGAUGUACGCGUCUCUGUCUGUGAGAGUGACUGAGCAGCAGGGUGAGGGAACCACGUUGGCCCUGCAGUGUUUGGAGGAGAGCGAUGAGGAGCGAUGCGCACCUUCAAAGGUCUACAACAAGCUGCUGCUGGUGCUCAAGACGCUUCAUUCACACCUCCUAGACGUGUCGAUUGGUGAUAAAAAGUUGUCCGCUAUCUUGGGAGAGCUGAUUUGGGAGGAAAUGUCCCACACCAUCAUACAUGACUGCCUUGUCCACUCCAUUCCCACCAACAGCAGCCAGCUGGAGAAAUACAACACUGUGAUAAAGGAAACAGAGGAGUUUGAGAAGUCUCUAAAGGAGAUGGAGUAUCUGCAGGGUGAUUCCACAGACCUGCUCAAAUAUGCCAGAGAUGUUAACUGUCAUUUUGCCAGCAAGAAGUGCAAGGACGUCAUUGUAGCAGCCCGUAAACUCAUGACCUCAAAGAUGCAUAACACAGUCAAAAUCACACCAGACUCAAAACUUCGCCUCCCCAAGCUGCCAGCUCCAAGUUCAGAGGGCAAGGUCAAGCCAGAGAGCUUAAAGGAGGAGGUGACAAUGGAGAACUCAAAGCAGCUGUCUGCGUGGAGUCUGAGGCUGCCAGCCUGUCGCAUCAGUGAGUCAGUGCAGCAGCUGAUGGAGCUGGCACUCGACACUCUGUGUGAAGCUGUUGGGAGCUCAACACAAAGUGCUUUGCAGCUCUUCUUCACUGUGAGAAACAUUUUCCAGCUGUUCUACGAUGUUGUGCCAACGUACCACAAGGAAAACCUGCUCAAAUUUCCUCACCUAGCUGCCAUCCAGCACAACAACUGCAUGUACCUGGCCCAUCAUCUACUCACCCUGGGUCACCAUUUCAGAAACCACCUGCCGCAGCCUCUCAGCGAGGGCGUCGCAACUUUUGUUGACAUGGUGCCAGGAUUCAGGAAACUGGGUGCCCAAUGCUUCUUAGCCCAGCUGAAUGUUCAGAGAGCUGAACUGCUGGAGCGACUUUCCACUGCUCACAAUUUCUGCAACCUGGAUGAUGAAGAUAACUACACUGCAGCUAGCAAAGCAGUACGGCAGGUUAUUCAUCAGUUGAAGCAGUUGGGUACAGUCUGGCAGGAUGUCCUUCCGGUCAGCAUCUAUUGUAAAGCCAUGGGCAACCUCCUCAACACAGCCAUCACAGAAGUUACUGCCAAAGUCAUGAUGCUAGAGGACAUUUCCUCUGAGGAUGGGAACCAUCUCCAGACUUUGUGCCAAACUAUAAUUGAUGAAGGCCCGCUGGUCUUUAUCCCUCUGGCUGAGGAAAAGAAGAAUAAGAAAUAUCAGGAGGAAGUGCCCCUCUAUGUGAAGAAGUGGGGCACCUUCAAGGAGCUCGUCAUCGUGCUGCAGGCCAAUCUGCAGGAGAUCGUUGACAGGUGGGCUGACAGUAAAGGUCCGCUGGCUUUGGAGUUCUCCAGUUCGGAGGUGAAGAAUCUGAUCCGAGCUUUGUUUCAGAAUACGGAGAGGAGAGCUGCAGCUUUGGCCAAAAUCAAAUAGAUUCUUGGAAAGAAAAAAAAUCCCAACAAGAUACCUGAGCACUUUUCCACUGUGGAAAAUAAGGACUCUUUGCCUUUAUUCAUUUCUAUUUUCUGUUAUUUGCAUAAAAUAUAAACAUUUACAUGUAUACAGGCUGAACAGCUCAUCACAGAAAUGGUUGAGGUGUUGUCACUGGGGAUUUAUUACUCCCCAGCCCCCUGAGGUUGUGUAACCAGAAACUUGUCCUCCGUUGACACAUGAUGCCGUAUUCAGGGUAACUUUGCUGCACUUCAUUAAUCAAACUUACUGAUGUGAUUUCAGGAGUUUAUUUGUUUGAACCUAAGCGCCUCUAAAGGACCAUUAUGUUGUGAAAGACCUGCUCUGGAUCUUGGACUUAGUAUUGCAAAUUUUCUUGUUCGAGCAGUGAAACUGAAUUUUUCCAUGUGUGUCUGUGUGUUCUGAUAUAACUUAACCAAAUAAACCAAAACACUCAAUUUUUUCGA